AUGGCACCCUUGACUGAUUGUAUGAAGCAUAAUAUUUUCAGAUGGACUAAAACUGCAGAGAAGAGCUUUCAAGCAAUAAAGAAAGCUAUGACUGAAGCACCAUUAUUGAUUCUACCUGAUUACCAAAAGGUUUUUGAGGUAGAUUGUGAUGCAUCCAAAGUUGGGAUUGGAGCUGUUCUUAGCCAGGAGGGGAGACCAGUUGCCUUCUUUAGUGAAAAACUCAAUGACACUAUGCAACGCUACUCCACUUAUGAUAUUGAGCUUUAUGCAAUUAUGUGA